CACUUGCACUGCUUCUUUUUCUAGCAUCCUGAUUCCGCCUAGCGGAUGUGAUGGUGAUGCAUCACGUGAAGACGCGAUGAUCGCGACUUCCUCAACCGGACUUCCACCCUCCGAACCUAUGCUCUCCAAGCAGCGAUGGCUUCCAUACUCCCGCCAUCAGUCCCUCUACCCAUCCACUACGAGUUCUCGAGACCCCCGGCGUCCCACACCCUCCUCAACCUCGACUGCAGCGCUGACCUGACCUCGUAUUCGCGCAGCCUGGGUCCAGCAGCACCACAUACCGGACAAUCUACGCAAGCCCUAACGCCCACCCUCGACAGUGAAGCGCUACGCGCACAGUUUGAAAGCCAUCACGAGCAUCUGCUUCAGCAUCGUCAACUGGAGCUGCAAAGACAAGAGGCAGUCGGCUGGGCCAGUCCUGCUGCGAACCUUUAUGCGGCCGUGCCGGGUAGUCGAGCUACUCUUCAUGGCCCAGAGGCUCAUUCCAUUUCCGCGCAGUCUUCCUACCAAUGGCCGCCUCAGCGUCGAAAACCAAGCCCCGUCGCCGGAGACGUGAGCACCUAUCCACCUGCCCUUCGUCGAGCCCUCGAACGAUCCAGCGUCAUCAACGGCGCCCCAUCAUCCCACGAAAGCACGGUAUACCACGUCAUCCGGGACAUGGACAGCGACUAUAUGGAAGACACAAGCGAUAUAGUAGGGACGUAUCGGAGUUUACACUUGGCGAACCUCGUGGCGGCGGAAUACUUCAUUAGGGAAUUUUGGGAUGCAGGGGAGGCCGCAGGGGAGGAGCCUGAGUUUGAACUCAGGGAGGCCGGUUGUUUGUAUACGGAGGUUCAGACGGAAGGGUCGACGGGAGGGCUGGGGAGCGUGUACGUGAGGCGAGGGUCUCUUAGGUGAAAACUCGAGGGAUGAAUAGGCUGAGAAUAGCUAGAAUUGGGAGGCAGUCUAGUGGGGGGCACUGUUGCCAUUCGGGUCAUGAGCGUUUAUAUAUUAUUGCUACGCCACUAUCAGGGAUGCGAGCUUUAAGCCCGAGUUUGUGUAGACCACAGCUCGCCUUGACUCGGCCCAAGGAGGGUGGAGCGAAUGAAGGGACAUA